AUAUGAUACAAGAAUGUUCUGCGCAUGCGCAUUAUCCAGUUCUUCUUCGACCUUGAAGCAGUUCGCAGGUGAUGUUAUUGUGUAUUUACCGCCACCUACCGGUCUGGAGUGUUGCGAACAAGGGAGUUUCUUAGAAAGAACUUCCGUAAGCGUGAUUAAUAAUAAUAAUCUAAACAAAUUCACUAAAUUAUAUGAGCUAAGUUUUACACACACACACUAAAGUUCAGAUGCUCUGGAGACCCCUAAUAUUUGGUGUGGACCAGGCGCCAUCUGCCCAUAUACAGUAGUUGUAGCCCAGUUCAGCUCUGACCAUCAGAGGAAAACCUUGAAGUUGUGUUUAUUUAAAAAAAAAAAAAAGCCCAUAAGAAGCCUUUUAUACUUUUUCAUGAAGUUCUUGUUGAUUAACAUUCAGCUGAGCUCAGAUGGCAGUGCAGCAGAUAGUGUUUAGUGCGCCAUUCUCAGGCGGAAGUGAGUCUGACUUUCGGUUUUAAACGAAUGGUAGAUGGUAACUUUUUCUGCUCCAAUGUGAAGAAAUUGCUUGCAAAUGUGGAAAGUAAAGAUUAUUUAUAUUAUAGUCGUCGUUUCCCGCUUCUUCCUCCUUCCCCAGCAGUCUUGUUGUGAGGUUAAUUCCCUCACUGGCUAUUUCCUCGGCUCUGAAGGCCUCGGCCUUCCCAGUUACAUAGAGAGACUCGAUGUGAAUGAUGCCACUGUCUUUUACUAUGACAGCAGCAUGCAUGCAACAGCACCACGUCCCGAUUGGCUCAACACCAUAGCUGGUCAACAGCUCUGGAAAGAGAGGAGAUUUACAUCACUGGACAACAGGGAACUUAUGGCUGUGGCAUUCCAAACAGCCAUCAAGCAGUUCGACCUCACAGGCACCAGAUCAGAUAUUAAUAUAUAUCAAGGCUACGGUCGGUGUGACCUCUAUCCAGAUGGCACAGUCAGGGGAGUGUUAACUCACGGGUUCAAUGGGAUGGACUUCGUAAGUUUAGAUAUUGACAGCAAGGCAUUCAUCGCAUCUGUUCCUCAAGCCGUCAAAUAUAAAAGGAUUCGGGAGAAGAAUAUAGGCAGGCUUGAAUAUCUCGUGUCUUACUACAAAAAGACCUGUUCUGACGAACUUAAGAUUUACUUAGAGCAUUCUCCUGCAGUCAUCGUGAAGAAAGCUCCAGAGGUCAGGAUUUUUGAGAAGCAGAGAGCUGGUUCCACUCUCCUCACGUGUCAUGUGACUGGGUUUUACCCCAAAGCCGUGCAGGUGAAGUGGAUUGGGGUAGAUUUACAGCAGGAGGAUCUCGAGACGAACAAUGUUCUGCCUAAUGGUGAUGGUACAUAUCAGACCAGAAGGAGUGUGAUCAGACCUGAGGAGAACACAGGAGAUCAGCACUAUAGCUGUAUAGUGUAUCACAGCAGCGUCGAGGGAAAUAUUACAGUCACCUGGGGUAAAGAAGAGAAACCCUUCCGGCUUCCUGUUUGGAUGACGCUAGGCUUCAUUUUCAUGGUUGCUGUAGUUGGGCUUGUAAUACGAUGCUUCAUUAAAAGUAAAGACGCUGUGACCCGCAAGUGACGACUCAUGAGAAGAUCGAGCUGUCUAUCCUCAACCUCGACCUCCUACAGUCCUCAGGUCUAGCCGUUUCUUCUCGGAUAUUUUUACAAAUCUUCUCUUCAUGAAGCUCAAUCUAACUGAAGGAUAAGAAGCCUUUGUUUCUUCUCUUUUUGUCCUGCUUUUCUUACAAUACCUGAAGCCCAGUCUGAGCCCCAAAUAAGCUUUUAAACUAUUUUUGUCAUGAAUACUGGUUUAUGAAAAUAGUUGAAACGAUCUAGCAUUUCCUAUUAGAAUACAAGAUGUCAAUUCUGAGAUUAUUAAACCUAGUUCUAGAUUGCAACCAACUUCUUCCAAGAUGUCUUGUCAAAUAAAAUUAUCUGCCCAUGCAGCAAGAUUACUUCAUGAGUAUGAAGUAAUUUUCUCCUCAAAUUCAGUUUUCGAUUUUUUGUAGUGCACACAGGCAUAAAGAAUGUAUUUAUUACGUUAUCAUUCACACAAACAUUAAUUCUCAAAAAGUGUUUUAUAGUAUUGCACAACUUCAGCAGAAUUGAAUGAACCAUUUUACAAUAAGGGAUGUAUUGGGUUCUUAUUUUAAAAAUCUCUGGUCAUAUUUGAAUCUGAUCUGAGUAGUGUUUUGUUUUUUUUUAAAUAUCUGGAUAUUUUAAAGGUGGGGUACGAGAUUUUUUUCAGGAGUAUUUUUUACCAUAUUGCUUGAAAAGCUCCUCACACCCAUGUUGCAAGCAGUACAAUAGAAGGUUUGACCUAAAAACGAAAUAUUUUAAUCCAGUCUACAGUGUAAAAUAAAGGAAAAACGCCAUCCAAUCAUAUCGAGGUACCACCUCAAAAUGAUUGGAUACUGACACGUCAAUCAGACUGAAGCCCGUGAGCAGCCCAGCCCUUCUGUGUGCGUGUAUGUAUGUGUGAGAGAGCGAGCAGCCCCUCCCCCAACCCGCGCGCUGCGAGCAGAGUGUCACAGGAUUUUCUCAGUGCGCUCCCUCCAAACAACGGGGAUUUACACGAAAACUGAAGGAGAUAUUCACAAAGUUCUUUCACAGUGAGCGCCACAAGCCUCUCCUGAACACACUGAUGUAAUUUUUUUGUCUGUAGUGUAAAAAAUGAGGUCAGUAGAGCAAAUUAAAAACGAGUGACUUUUCUGCCAAGUUUAUAAUGGCAAUCUAUGGGGCUGCGCGCCUGUCCUCUCUUCACUUUCAGGCUUCUCAUUCAAAAACUGCAAGUCCUAUCGUGUAGGUAGACACAUUGUGUGAAUCCGGACAAGUGUGGUUACUACUUUUGAGAAAAUUAUGUGUGUGGAGUGAAAAUUGGGGCUGAAAACACAGUUUAAAUGAGAAAGUUUGAGCUAUUUUUCCAAGCUCUCUCCACUCUCCACUGGUGUGUAACGCAAUAGACACCCAUUAUAAAGGCUGAUUUUCUCAGGCUUUAUAAGGGGGAGGAGGGGUGGA